AUGAUAGGUAAUUAAAAUAAUUUGAAUAAUAAUAAUAAUAAUAUAUUAGAAAAAUUUAAUGACUUUUAAAAUAAUUAAUAGGAAUAAGAUAAUUAAAUAUCAAAAUAAGUAUCAAAUCAAUAAUAAAAUAAAAACAAAAUUGAUAUACAACUAUAAUAAUUAAAUAAUGAAUAAUAAUUAGAAAGUGAUUUAAAAACUUAAGAUUUUUAAACUGAAAAUUAAAAUAAUAUUUUAAAUUAAUAGAAAUAAAUAAAUCAACUAGAAAAUUAAAUAAAAUAAAAUUAAUAAUUAACUAAUAAUUAUAGGAUGAAUCAGAAAUAGAAUAUGAAUAUGAAUUUGAAGAUUAUGAUUAAUAAGAAGAAUAUGGAUAAUAAAACGAAAAUAAAUAAUAAGAAGAAAAAUAAUAAACAUAAAAAAUAGUUGAAAAAAAAGUAGAUGAAGAAAAAGAAGAAAUAGAUUAAAAAUAAUAAAAUAUUUGCAAUAAAAUUGAAAAUUUAGAAAUAUUAAAUAAAUAAAUCAAUAAUUUAAAUAAAAAUAAUUAAUUAGAGCCUAUUUAUAUUAAAAAUAAUUAAAUUGUAUAUGAAAAUAAUAAUUUUUAAAAUAAAUAAAUUAUUUAAAGAGAAAAUAUAAGUAAUGAUUAUGAUGUUUUAUAAAAUAACAAUGAAAAUGUGCAAUAUAUGCAUUAAAUAUAAGAUAACAAUAGUUUAAACGAAAAGAAUUAAUAAAAUAUUAUUUUUAAAGAACAAUUAUUAAAUAUAAGCAAAAAUUAGAUACAAGAAAACUUAAAUGAAAACUAAAGUAAUUAUUAAAAUUAAGAAAACAAUAAUAUUUAAGAUCAAAUAUAUACAAAUAAUAAUAAUAAUUAAUAAAAUACUUAGAAUUAAUAAAAGUAAUUAAAUUUAAACGUUUUAGGUUCUAAUUAAAAAAUUAAUAAUUUUUAUUCUAAUUAAUAAUAAAAUUAAUUAUAAACUUUAGAUGAAAUAAAGAAUUAUAAUUAUCUAACUUAAAAAAAUUCAAAAUAAAAAGACUUUAAUUUAAUAUUUCAUCAAUAAAAUAGUAAAGAAAUAAUAUAUUGUAAUAAAAUCUUAAAUAAAAUUAAUUUUUGUUAGGAUAAUAAUAAAAUUAAAAAAAAUAAUUCUAAUAAAAAAAAUAAAAAAAAUAAAAAUUAUAAUAAAACAAAUAAUAAUAAUAAUAAUAAUAAUAAUAAUAAUAAUAAUAAUAAUUUAAUUUAAAUAAAUUAAAUGA